CGGACGAGACUUUGGCAGCGACAGCAACAGCAGCAGCAGAAACAGAAGACAGCAGAAAUUGCAGCGGCGUGAAGACGAGAGAAACAAAGGAAAGAAAAGAGAGGCGAAAGAAAGUAUAGAGAGAGAGAGAGGUCGAGGAGAGAGAAAAUAAAAAAGGAAGAACAAACCCAUGCUUUCGCCCAUCUCCAUUAAGAAUCCAAUUCUGGUUCCCAUCGCAGAACUCGAGGCUUUAGAGCACCCUCCCACACCCACCGAUCCCAAAAAAUUUAUUUUUAAGUCCAAAUUGGGUUUAUUUAUUUGCUUCUUUUUAUACCCAUUAAAGAAACUGAUUGUUCUCUCCUCUUGCAAUCGAAAGAGAAGGGCUUGGGGGAAUUGCUGAGCUGGAGAUUUCUUACUUGGAUUUGACUCUGUUUCAGCUUCGCUUUCUAUGGGAGGAUAAGCCAGUUAGACAACAUGACGGACAAUAUUUCGAUCUUCCAACAACAAGAAGAAGAGGAUCUCUUCUUCGAUUCGAGAGAAGAAAUUUCAUCACUCUCAGAUUCAUGCCCUGAAAGUUCAUCGACUUCAGUCAAAUGGAUUGCCAAUGACCCUCGAAACAAUGUUUGGGUUAGUAAUCCAAGUAGCAUUCAGGAACGACGAGCCCGGUUCAUGAGAUGGAUGGGUUUGGUAUCGGAUCCUGUUGAGAGUCCUUGUGAAGGUACGUCUGCUAAUUCUGACAUUGAUCGAAUCACGUCAAAUGGUGAAGCUGUGCUUAUGAGAUCCGGCUCUGAGUGUAGGUCAUCUACGUUUAGUCUGUUGAAUGAGGAUUCUAGCACAUUGGAGGAUGGAGCCUCAGAAGAUGGCUUUGAGUUUAGGAUGAAGAAUCUGGAUGAUGGCUCGGAGUUCGUUGUCGAUGAGUUUAGUGAUGGUGGUACUCUAAGAUGCCAUCGGGAGGUUGGUUUGAAUCGUUGUUUGACAGUGGAUGAGUUCAAUAAAAGUUUUCGCCCAUCUUCUUUUAUGCAGAAACUUAUGCUUAGAGACGAUAACAGGUCAAGCGAUGCAAGCAAGGUGAGGAGGAAAAAUGGGUGGUUGAAGAGAUUGGGUGUUGUGACUUGCAUUGCAGAUAGGCAACCUGCGGAAGUUGUUUCUAGUUUAUCUGGUUCAGAUAAGAGUUUCAGUUCUCGGGCUCAAAGAGUGAAGGUUCGUUCCAACAGAAAAAGAUCAAAGGAAUUCUCAGCAGUUUUCAAGGGACAAGAGAUAAAGGGACAUGAUGGAGCAAUUUUGACAAUGAAAUUCAACUCUACUGGAGAAUACUUAGCGAGUGCAGGUGAAGAUGCUGUUGUUCGUGUGUGGAAAGUGAUAGAAUGUGAGAGAAGAGAGGAAGGCGACAUUCCCGAAGAUGAUCCUUCCUGUGUUUACAUCAAGGUGAAUUAUAAUUCAGAGUUGGCUCCCCUUUUUGUCGAUAGGGAAAAGCCUAAAGCAAGGAGAAUGAAGAGAACCUCAGAUUCAGCUUGCAUUGUUGUUCCUCCUAAGGAGUUUCGGAUAUCUGACCAACCGCUGCAUGAAUUCUAUGGGCAUGAUGGAGAUGUCUUAGAUCUUUCAUGGUCUAAGGCUAAGUAUCUACUAUCGUCGUCCAUAGAUAAAACUGUGCGGUUGUGGAAAGUUGGUUGCGAUAGCUGCCUCAAAGUCUUUGUACAUAAUAAUUAUGUGACGUGCAUUCAGUUCAAUCCUAAUGAUGAAAAUUACUUCAUUAGUGGUUCAAUAGACGGAAAAAUUCGUAUCUGGGGAAUUCGGGAGCAUCUUGUUGUGGACUGGACUGAUAUUAAGGACAUCAUCACUGCAUUGUGUUAUCGUUUAGAUGGGAAGGGUAUUGUAGCUGGCAGCAUGACUGGUGAUUGCCGAUUUUUUUAUGCAUCAGAUCAUCAGCUGCAACUGGAUACUCAAGUCUUCUUACAGUCUAAAAAGAAAUCCCAUGACAACAGGAUAACUGGUUUUCAGUAUUGCCCAUGUGAUCAAAGAAAACUACUUGUCACUUCUGCUGCUUCCCAAAUUUGCAUUCUUGAUGGAGUCAAUGUGGUCUCCAAAUACAAAGGUAUUCGCAAUGCCGGAAGUCAAAUAGCAGCAUCUUUCACAUCCGAUGGCAAACAUAUUAUAUCAGCCAGUGAAGAUUCUAAUGUCUACAUAUGGAACCAUGCCGAUGAUCAUAAUUCUACCACAAAGAACCAUGUCAAGAGCAGCAGAUCCUACGAGAGAUUCAUCUCUAACCAUUCAUCGGUUGCCAUUCCUUGGAGUAGGCCUGCAUCUGAGAUUUCACAUGAAAAUUGCUCUGUCUCUCUGGCCAACAACACGAUAUACCUCUCCCCUGCAGGUAGUUUUACUCUGAGCCCCGAGUUCUUGUCAGAGUUCCAUAGUAGGGGCUCAGCAACUUGGCCUGAGGAGAAGCUCCCUGCAAGCUCUACAGUUUCGACUCCAAUUCUUUGUAGGUCUCAAUACAAGCUCUUGAAGACUUGUUGCAGGAAUUCUUCCCAUUCUUGGGGUCAAGUGAUAGUAACGGGUGGACGGGAUGGUCUAAUAAGAUCAUUCCAAAACUAUGGAUUGCCAGUGAAUCCAUGAGUCCGAUGAGCUGAUAGGAAUUCUUGUAGAUUUUGUGCAGUCUGUGACAUUUUUCUUCAGAUGAGCUGAUAGGAAUUCUUGUAGAUUUUGUGCAGUCUGUGUCAUUUUUCUUCAGAGCGUCGAAUCCUUGAGGUGUUGGAAGAGUACAGUCUUGGCAUUGCAGUGCAUAGGGGUGUAAAGUGAAAUUCCACAUUGUAUUUGUUUUGAUAGAUGUAUUUCAGUUAAAUUAUACAGCACAGAUUCUUUCCUUUUUUUCAUCUCAAGGAGAGUGCCUUUUUUUGUGGUU